UCUAGCCAUCAAGUCAAACUCGAGGCCGAGACAACCUGUGCGACAACUCGGAGGAAGAAAACAAGAACGAUGCUUGGCACUCACCAUCUUCCUCCAAAUUAACCAAGUGAAGUUUUUCCUUUAAAAAGCGCACGACUGGGAAUCACGGGGAUUGUGCGCAUCUCAGCUGUUGCGUCCAGUCCAGUCCAGUCCAGUCCAUCCCACACACAAACAGGAGCGUCGGGAUUUAAGAGGCUGCAGUCAAGAUGAUGUCCUACAUAAAACAACCUCAUUACACCAUGAACGGGUUAAAUUUGCCCGGCCCGGGGAUGGACGUGCUGCACACAACUGUCGCUUAUCCGUCCACGCCCAGGAAGCAGCGAAGGGAGAGGACCACCUUCACUAGAACGCAAUUGGACAUCCUGGAGGCCCUGUUCUCCAAAACCCGCUACCCAGACAUCUUCAUGAGGGAGGAAGUGGCGCUCAAAAUCAACCUGCCUGAGUCACGUGUGCAGGUGUGGUUCAAGAACCGACGGGCCAAGUGUCGUCAGCAGCAGCAGCAGAGCAGCGGGCAGUCCAAACCCCGCCCCCCUAAGAAGAAGGCCUCCCCGGUGCAGGAGGCCAGCGUCCCCGAUCCUGUUCCCAACCCGGGCUCCUUCAGCCCCUCGUCGGUGCAGUCGGGCCCCGGUCUGGUCCAGAGCUCGGGAAACACGGCCGUGUCCAUCUGGAGCCCGGCCAUCUCCCCCCUCCCCGACCCGCUGGCCUCCUCCACGGCCCCCUGCAUGCAGAGGCCCUCCCCUUACCCGAUGAGCUACGGCCAGCCGUCGGCCUACGCCCAAGGCUACGCUAGCACCACCUCCUACUUCACAGGCCUGGACUGCAGCGCCUACCUGUCCCCUAUGCACUCGCAGCUAUCUGGCACCGGGGGCGCUCUCAGCCCCAUCACCGUGCCCUCCAUGGGGGGCUCCCUAAGCCAGUCGCCCGCCUCGCUUUCUUCGCAGGGUUACAGCACCGCUUCCUCCCUGGGCUUCACCUCGGUGGACUGUCUGGACUACAAGGACCAGCAGGCCUGGAAACUGGGAUUCACUACAAUGGACUGCCUGGACCAUAAGGACCAAAACUCCUGGAAGUUCCAGGUGCUCUAGGAAGCGCCA